AUGGAUCGAUCAGCGAUGACAGUGGGACCGGGAAUGGACUUGCCGAUUAUGCACGAUGGAGACCGGUAUGAGUUAGUGAGAGAUAUUGGGUCAGGGAAUUUUGGGGUGGCUAGGUUGAUGAGGGACAAAACGACUGAUGAACUUGUUGCGGUUAAGUAUAUCGAGAGAGGUGAGAAGAUAGAUGAAAAUGUUCAAAGGGAAAUCAUUAACCACAGGUCUCUUAGGCAUCCCAACAUUGUCAGAUUCAAAGAGGUUAUAUUAACCCCAACUCAUCUGGCAAUUGUGAUGGAAUAUGCAUCUGGUGGAGAACUCUUUGAGCGCAUAUGCAAUGCUGGUCGCUUCAGCGAGGAUGAGGCACGCUUUUUCUUUCAACAACUUAUAUCAGGGGUUAGCUACUGCCACGCAAUGCAAGUAUGCCACCGUGACUUGAAAUUGGAGAAUACGUUGUUGGAUGGAAGCCCAGCACCUCGUUUGAAGAUUUGUGAUUUCGGUUACUCUAAGUCAUCUGUUCUGCACUCACAACCAAAAUCUACUGUUGGAACUCCUGCCUAUAUUGCUCCUGAAGUGUUACUUAAGAAGGAAUAUGAUGGCAAGAUUGCAGAUGUAUGGUCUUGUGGGGUAACUUUAUAUGUUAUGCUGGUGGGAGCGUACCCUUUCGAGGACCCUGAUGAGCCUAAGAAUUUUCGCAAGACAAUCCACCGAAUUUUGAAUGUCCAGUAUUCAAUUCCUGACUAUGUUCAUAUAUCUCCUGAAUGCCGACAUCUAAUCUCGAGAAUUUUUGUUGCAGACCCCGCAAAGAGGAUAACCAUUCCCGAGAUUCGGAAUCAUGAGUGGUUUCUAAAGAAUCUCCCAGCAGAUCUCAUGGUGGAAAAUACGAUGAAUAGCCAGUUUGAGGAACCCGAUCAACCAAUGCAGAGCAUUGAUGAGAUAAUGCAAAUAAUAACUGAUGCCACCAUACCCGCAGCUGGCACCCCUAGUCUAAACCAAAUUUUGACUGGCAGCCUGGACAUUGAUGAUGAAAUGGACGAGGACCUGGAGAGUGAUCCUGAGCUUGACCUUGAUAGCAGUGGAGAGAUAGUAUAUGCAAUGUGA